UUAUCAUUAGACCUACAUUAGUUUGACUUACAAAGUGGAAAUUUGGGGUUAUAGAUAUAUGAGCUAACGUUAAUAAAGAAAAAAAACUAAUAAUAAAGAGUAGGCAUUCGAAAAUCAAGAAAUGAUAGACUGAUAGUCUAUGUUUCAAACGAGACGAAAUUAUUGAUGAGGUCAAACUGAUUUAGUAACGUUUUGCGCAACUAAGACGCAGUCUCGAUGUUCUUGAGGGCAACGCCUUCACGCUUGUGACUCACCGACUAAAGCAAGCUCCUCUGGGUUAUGAUGAAUUCAUUCUAAAGAUGACUAUGUGCUAGAGAUCUAAUUGCAGCCGAACUGGACAAUUUUGAGAUAUCGAAGCAACUCUGUUUUAUCUACAUAUCUGAGAGUAUAAAGGAAGAUAUAUUACUUUUAAUUUUAAAUUAGUAAAUUAUUCAAUAUUCAAACAUAUUUUGGGGUAAGUUAUCUUACAUAUAAACGGACAGAAGCGGCGAAUGAAGUCGUCAAGCGUUGAUCCAUCGGGAAGUUGACAGUAAUUGAAGUGAAAUCGACCUAAACAUGAUAUCUCGUCAGAGUAAAGAUUUUCUCGUAAGGAUCGCCGGUUACUGGAAGCCGCUUUUCAAAGGCAGGUUUCUGAUCGUGACGAACACGGUGAGCUGCGGAGGAAUGUUGGCGGCGGGCGACUUCAUCCAGCAGACGCGCGAGACGCGGAGAACGCUCGGCCGAACACGUGACUGGUCAAAAAAAAAAAAAAAAAAAAAAAAAAAAAAAAAAAAAACACGUGACUGGUCGCGUACAGGUUGUAUGUUUGCCGUCGGAUGCUCUAUGGGUCCCUUCAUGCACUACUGGUAUCUGUGGCUGGACAAAUACUUUCUAGGCACAGGCAUCAAUAAUGUCUGCAAGAAAGUGCUUACUGAUCAGCUGGUCGCAUCGCCAGCACUGGGAGCCUGGUACUUUCUAGGUAUGGGUAUGAUGGAGGGUCACACUUUGUCUGAGGCACAAGCAGAAUUCAGAGACAAAUUCUGGGAGUUUUACAAGGCAGAUUGGUGUGUUUGGCCAGCAGCUCAAAUGGUAAACUUCUACUUCUUGCCACCCAAGUUUCGUGUCCUUUAUGUGAAUAUAAUUACCCUGGGAUGGGACACUUACCUCUCCUACCUCAAACACAGAGUAUAGAGACCACAUCAGAAGCUGAGUGAACUGCCUGAAAAUGUCUGAAGAAAGAGAAUAUUUAAAAAUACUGCUUCAAUCCCGAGACUUUUAAUGGACAGCUUUUUGUUUUUAAAUUUCAUAUAAUUUUCUCCAGUAAUACCAGGUACUUUGGCAAAAAGAAAUAAGGUUACCUGCCAUUGCUAUCUUAUAUAUAUAUAAUUUUAUAUAUUCUAAUAAUGGUAUAGAAUACAGUUUUUAUAGUAAUCUAUAGUUAAAAUAAUCAUGUUAUUAAUCAGUAAUUGCUGAUAUAAUUUUCAUAUACAUUGGAGAAAUGUAUGCAUGAUUGUUACUAUUGAUCUUAUGUUCAGAAAUUGCCUUCACACGUAAAUUUUUGCCUAAUUAUUUUUUUUAUGAUAAAUAUAUUCGUUGAAUAGAACUUUUGAUG